UUCAACACCAGUAAGGGGCUCAGUCUUCAGGCCCAGUAAGAGACCUCGUCUGGUGUUAGAUGAGGAAGAAGAAUCAGAAUUAAAUGUCGAACCCACUGAUUCCACAUAUAACCCAGAUUCUGUUGUUACUGAAGAAUCAGAAUUGGCGAUAGAUCCACAGCCCGACCACAGCAAUAACAAAUACAUUGUUUUUGAAAGCUGUCUUCGAGAGCUGUUUGUGUCCUGUCCAAUUUGUAAGACAAAGUGUGUUGUCCAGAGCAGACGAAGGGGGACUUUUGUUGCAUUCACCCAGCUUUGUGAAAAGUGUAACUACUACAGACAGUGGCAGAGCCAGCCCAUUGUAGGGAGUACCCCACUUGGAAACCUGCUAUUGUCUGCUGCAACGUAUUUUACCGGUGGAUCUUUUAAACAACUAGAGAAGAUUUUCAAGGCCAUGAAGCUCCAGAUGAUGCAUUUCGUAACUUUUAGGAUUCAUGCCAGGAAUUUCAUUGAGCCUACCAUAAUACACAAGUGGAAGCAAGAUCAACUGAAUCUUAUAAGACAGCUGCAAGAGGGAGGAAAUGUUGCUGUGGCUGGAGAUAUGCGUGCUGACACGCCAGGACACUCAGCAAAAUUUGGCAGCUACACCAUUAUGCACAUGGAAACCAACAAAAUUCUGGAUCUUCAACUAGUUCAGAGCAACGGGGUUGGUGGAAGUUAUCAUAUGGAAAAGGAGGGAUUGAAGCGUUGUCUCGAUAAGCUGGAGUCUAAUGGUUUAGCUGUUGACUACAUCGUCACCGAUCGCCAUCCGCAGAUUCAGAAGUACCUGAGGGACCGCAAUAUCACUCAGUUCUAUGACGUGUGGCACUUUGAGAAAGGUUUAUCUAAGAAACUUGACUAACUUUCAAAAAUGAAGGACUGUGAGGUGCUGAAAAAAUGGUUGCACAGCAUCAAAAACCAUGUUUACUGGAGUGCGAUUUCCUCUGAGUCUGGGCCAGAAAAGGUGGCGAAGGGGAAUUCACUGCAGAACCACAUCCAAAAUGUACAUGUUCAUGAGAACCACCUCUUCCCCAAGUGUGAACACCCAGACAAAGUUUCCAGGGAUCCAAAAAAAUGGAUCCAACCAGGAUCAAUAGCGCUCCAUAAAGUGGAAAAGCUAUUAUACAACAAGAGAGUUCUCAAGGAUAUAGAAAAGCUCAGCCACAACUUUCAGACGUCAUCACUGGAGGCUUUCCACAGUCUGAUUUUGCGUUUUGCCCCAAAGAACGUGAUUUUCCCUUUCAUAGGAAUGUUGUGCAGGCUGUAUCUUGCAGCAAUGCACUAUAAUGAAAAUGCUAACCGUGAGCAGGCAACAACAACUGAAGGACAGGCUGUGUAUAAGAUCGUUUUUCCAAAGUCCAAAAAAGGGGAAUGCACAGCAAAGCCAGUGAAAAUAGAACCAACAUACAACUAUGUGGAUGACCUUAUGAGCCUUCUGUUACAUAAAGUCUUUGUGGACCCCAAGCCAUAUGCGGAAGAGCUGCAUGCAAUCCCCAUUCCACCUCCUCUGUCAUCACAGUAUGAAAAACCUUCCAAAGAAGAGGUGAUUGCCCAGCGUGUGUCACGAUUCAGUCGAGGGGUGGCCGGAACCCAACAUACUGUCCCGCUGGAUCAGGAAACUGUAGACGGAUCCGGUUAACAACACAUGAGGGGAUGACAACCCUCACACUACGUCCUAGGUAGCCCCAGCACCAGCUGACAAAGCUGCGAUAGGCCAGAUAACGGAAACGCCUAUGGCAGGAAUAGAAAACCUCAAUAUUGUGUAUAAAACCAGUGGUAUAUUGGAAACAUGUAUAUGUGAUGUGAAAAUAUGUUUGAUAAAAAUGUAUAUUUUGAU